AUGAGUACUUGUGUUAGUUUAAAGGUCCGAAAAGUUAACCUACACUAUAAGACAGUGCAUCAACCCAAAAGUGAUAUGGCUAAAGAAGCAUCGGAUUAUUAUUGUCGUGCACAUUUCAUCUACCACCACGGUCAGAAACCUUCUUUGACUUUGGUGACGCCAGCUACCAUGUCGAGCGUCCUGCAUAGAAUAUAUCCACUACUACUCAUAGCAGAUGCAACUCUGAGCAAUCUCAUGUGGAUAUGUGAGGAUUUAUGCCUUCCCUUUAUUCAUUUAGUAAUGGUUCUAAUGGUGGUGAACUUUUUAUGUGAAGAUUUACAAGUAGACAUUAGUCACAUUGCCCAAUUAUGGUUAGGUUUAAUGAGUCUUUUCUUUCUAGCGUUCUCAGUGGCUUAUUAUAUAUUGACACUUUAUCAAGACUUGCUUUACGAAUCAGAACCUCCAACAGUAGACGACAUUGUAAUUGUGUUGGAAUCUGUAGUGGAUAAACUAGAAACCAUACAACAUGAAGGGUUGAGUGUGAAUAAGAGGCGAGCAUUGCAAUUAGCAGUAUUGUUAACACCACUGCAUUGGGGUUUAAUCAAAUUAGUGUCGAUGAAGAACUAUUGUAUGGGGUUUACUUUAAUGUGUAUUCUGUACCAUUCAAAUUGGUUCCAAUGUACUUUAAAACUGUUUUGGAGAAUUCUGUUGACACGAAAGGUUUAUUAUGGACUGGAGAGGCUCUUUAAUGGUCACGGUCCAUUCCCCAAGAAACCAGUGGAUUUUUUUAGGGCCAUUAGUAGUAGUGAAUACAUCUAUCGAAUGGCCUUACCUCAUGAUGUAAAAGCUCUUCAUAGCCAUAAGUUACAAUUAAGAUUACAGCAAUUAUUUCCCUGGGAUAAACCGCUACACAAUGAUGAAAAUGGCUCUGAUUUGAUGGUAAUUGAGUUUAAAAUCAAUGAAAACCAAAGGAAAUGGCAAGCAGACGGCUGGACCGCCCGCAUGUUACCUUAUGAGAGAACUAAAUAUUCCAUUGAACUUGGUGGGAAGAUAAACACAUGCCAUUCCCCAUGGCAGUUUCAAGAAUCUGAUCUUAAAAAUUGGUCAUGGCUUGACGAUUGCUGGAGACCUACAGAUUGGAUUUAUUCUGAUACUAAUUGGGAUUUCAAAGGUGUGCACGAUUCAUUAGACUGCUGCACUAGAACAAGAGCCUGGAAACGCAGAGUCUACCGCCUGAUGGAAUAA